AUGAACGCCGAGACGACGCUGCAGGUGUUCCUCCCGUACCACGACUCUCCGAACUUCGCCCGCAUUCUCGCCAUCCUUAACCUCCCCACCGACUCCCCUUACCACGUCCCCUUUGCUCCUCUCGCCAAGAAGGCUCAGCCCGUUGCGCGAGAGUACAUCACCAGUGCCAUCAGCUCGGCCCGCGACCCCUCCCUCCGACUCCUGACGGACCUCGCCGAGUCGCUCAAGACGGCUCACACCGAGGGCUGCACGCACCGCGCCCUGCUCGCCUUCUGGAGCGCUACGCUCGUCGACCUCCUCGAGAGGAGCAGGAGUACCGGCCGUGUUCCGGAGGGCGUUGUGAAGAUUUUGGUUGAGGCGUUCGUCACCCUCCUUUCGACGCCGGGCGUCAGCGCCGAGGUCAACGCCGCCGUGUAUCCCCCGCUAGUCCUGCUGGCCCGUUCUGUUAGACUCGCCGAUGCCCCCUUCGCCGCUAUUCUCGAGGCGCUUCUGACUCCCAGCACUGGUGCUGCUCCCAGCCAGCGUGUGCUCACCCUUCUCGUCCUGCUCGACGCCCGCAAGGGAUGGGACCAAGGUCUUGGAGCCGACGCUCCCGCUCGUCUUGCCACGAUUCCGCAGCUGGGCGACCUCCUCGUCGCCGCCAUGGAGAAGUACAGCUUCGAGAACGCCAUGCAGGUCAUUAUGUCCGUUCUUAUCGACGACGUACCGGAGUCGCUUGACACGCUCACCAAGUUGGUCGACUACCCCAGCCUGCCCGAGUCCGUCGUCAAGGUAGCCGCCGAGAAAUUGCUCAACACUCCCUCCGGAGCUCACAAGGACGCCCGUGACCUUCUCAGCACGCUGCGUCAGCGCUACCCGUCGCUCAUUGACGGAGCUGUGCUCGAGGCCUCGGCUACCUCCGACGUCGACCCAGCCCUCAUCCAAUGGUCGUCGGCCGAGACUGCGUUCCUGGAUGUUCACUCUGCCGACGUCGCCUCGCGUGUCAGCGGUGUCCGCGAGAUGUACGCCGUUGCGGAGGCUGCUGGCCUGAACCGCGGCAACGCUGCUGCUCUCAUCGCCUCGGAUGACAAGCUGCGCUCUGCCCAGAACGCGAUCGUUGCUCGUCUGCGUGACAUCGACGUCGAAGUCCUGUCGGCCGUGUACGCCGAGCCUGAGCUCCUUCUCUCCCUCCUGACUGGUGUCGACUACAUUGACGCCGUUCUGUCGACGUUCAACGCUAUCAAGCCUCAGCCCAAGGUUGUCGGCCAGCAUGUCGCCUUCCUCGCCAAUACCUACAUUCCCGCUCACCCCGAUGUCGAGUCGCGUGUGUUCGAGAAGCUGCUGAUCCCCAACCUUCUCGCCACCGAGGAUCGCCGCGCUUUUGGCCCGGAGCAGUGGCCUUCGGUCGUCAAGGCUUGUCGUCUGGCCGCUCACACCAAGAUCCCUGCCCUUGACGCUUCCGUCGAUCAGCUUGUCAAGUUCAACCAGGACCUCGUCAAGGCUAUCGCCAACGCCAUUGCGUCCUCUGGCAACAUUGGCUCACGCGUCGACCUCCUGGUUUCCGCUCUGUCCGCUUCUGGCGCCUCGGCGCGCCUUUUCGCUGCCGUCACGCUCGGCCAGCUAGUCACCUGCGCCGGCGGCUACCAGCACGGUGUCGCUGCCCGCUCCCUGGACGCCCUUCAGGCUUCCCUCGGCGGCAAGGCUCUCGUUGACGUUGACACUGUCGAGUCUUCUCUGUCGGAGCCCCUCGUCAAGGCUAUUGUUACCAAGCCUAACCAGGUUCGCACGAUGCAGCGUGCCAGCCUUGCUCUCCUGAGCGCUGCCGCCAGCGUCCGCUCGUCGCCGAACGAGAACGUCACAUGGCUUGGUGACGAUUCCAGCACCGAGUCCACUGAGGCCCAGACUCGCCGUGUCGCUCACUCUCUCUACAGAUGGGCCAACAGCGCCAGUCUCUCGGCGUCCGUGGCGAGGAAUCUUCUGCAGUCAGUUCUCAGCCAGCUUGGCGAGGACGCGCUUAUCUUCUUUGCCUCGGUCUGGACCGAUGCCACCGAUUCUGGUCUCCGCGUUGCGGCCCUCCGCCACGCUGCUGCCUUCAUCAAGGCGUACCAGGGUGCCGACAAGAAGAAGACAGACUUCCAACUCAUCGUCCCCGCCCUGCUCAUUGCUCUCCAGGACACCUCGAAGGAGGUCCGCGCAGCCGCUGCCGCCAUCCUGAAGUCCAUCUCUGAGUCGCCGGCUUCGGGCUCUUCGGACAUCUACGGCCUCGAGACCAUUUACGGCCAGCGCUCCGAUCUCGUCCAGCUCCUCAAGCCCUCCGACCUCACCAAGUACUUGGAGGCACUCACCGAGGCGCUCGACGACAUGGUCCUUGAUGCUUCCCGCCUGGCUCUUGUCCACGGCGCUGCCCUCGACGCAUCUACCAAGGACGGCAAGAAGCACGUCUCUCAGCGCCGCGCCGUCAUGGACAGCCUCAUGUCGCAUGUCCUCGGCUGGCGCGCCGACGACGCCCGUCGCUCGCUGCUUUCGUCGCUUGUCCGCGUCACCAACGCUUCGCGUCUCCAGGGUGCUCUCCCUCUUCUCGAGCCCCUCACCGACGUUACCAAGGACGAGGCCGACUGGCUCGCGUCGCUCCCCGCUGCCCACAAGAACGAGUACCUCGACCUGCUUUUCGAGAGCUUCAACCCCCGCCACGCCUCGGUCGUCACUGAGAACGACAGUGAGGCUUGGCGCUUCCUCCUGGACCUGUUCUCUGCCAAGCCGACACCCAUUGUCAACCUGAUGCGUGCGCUCUCGCUGCAGCGCAUGGCUGACGGCCUCUUCCUGGCCCUCAAGCCUACCCAGCGUGCCGAGUAUAUUGUCGACCUCGUUCAGUCGCUCCAUGGCCUGUCGGCCGAGGACAAGAUUGCGGCCAAGGCUGUCCUCGCCAAGCUCCGUCUUUCCACCCUCGAGAUCAUGGGCGUUGUCGAGACCCUCGUCGAGCCCCUCGAGUCGACCAUUCAGCGCAAGAAGGCGAAGAGCGAUGACGCCGAGGACAAGAUUGAGCAGGCCGUGUACAGCAUCACGACGUUCAUCGAGUCGCGCGACUGGAAGUCGCUGCGCGGCGAUGCCUCGCUCGUUGCUGCCCUCAUGAGCAUCCUCUCCGCCGUCCUCACCAAGCGCCAGUCCAUCAAGGAGGGCGUCGACUACCUCGAGCAGGAGGUUCUUGGUGCCAUCCUCGCUCAGCUGGAGAAGAUCAACGACGCCUCCGAGAUCCUCCGCGCCCGCGUCGGUAUCGAGGCGAUCGUCAAGGUCAUUCGCGCCUCGUCGAACCCUCGCACUUCCCAGCGUGCGCUCCUCGUUGCCUCCGAGCUCGCCCGUCUCGUUCCCGAGAGCGUGCUGCACAACGUCAUGCCCAUCUUCACCUUCAUGGGCUCGUCCGACCUGCAGCGCGACGACGCCUACAGCUUCGGUGUCGUCGAGCAGACCGUCUCGCGCAUCGUGCCCGUCAUGGCCGAGUCGCUCAAGGAGAAGGCCACUUCGACGCUCGAGCUGUACACCGAGGCGCGCACCUUCCUGAAUAUCUUCACGGACAUGGCCGGCCCUGGCCGUCUGCCGAAACACCGCAUCCUGCCCUUCUUCGUGCACCUCGUCAAGUCGCUUGGGGCCGAAUCCUUCCUCGCUCCCGUGUGCAUGCUCCUCGCCACCGGCAAGAAGAUGCCCGGCCUCGACCUGCCGCUCAGCGUCGCGCAGGCGUUCCCCGCUGGCGUGCGCACGCAUACUCUCCUCGAGAUCGAGCGCGAGGCUACCCGUCUUGUCAGCGGUAACGAUGUCGGCUUCCUCGCCGACGAGAAGCACGGUGCGCGCAACGCCGCCACGCUCCUCGAGCUCUGCGCUGGUCUCGGCAAGCAGCUCCGCGGCAAGGCCUGUCCCCAGCCUGCCGUCGAGGAGGUUGUUCGCGACCUCGUCUCGCUUUCGGCCGAGCAGCUCGACAGCGACGACCAGCUCGCUGAGUCCCUCGAGGCUGCGCUCAGCAACGCCAUGCAGCUCCUCUCUGUACCGAGCUUCCUCAGCAUCAUCGAGAAGAUCCUCGAGUCCGGCCGCGAAGAGGACAUCACCCGCUCCCUCGACAUGUUCACCGAGCGCCUGCCCCUCGUCAAGCCCGAGGUUCGCUCCAAGUCCUCCGCCGCUAUGGGCAAGAUUAUCAAGAGCGCCGCCUCGCUGCUCAAGGCUGGCCAGGUUAUUGCCGAGCAUGCCCUCAUCGCGCUCGAGGCUGUCACUGCCUCGGCUCUCCCCAACGAGGAUGGCGCGCUUGCCUCCAUCGUGCCCACGGCCAUCGAUGCCGUCAAGGGUGCCGACGCCGAGACCUCCGUGUCUGCCAUGUCGCUUGUCGCCUCCCUCGUGCGUCGCCUCGGUCCUCGCUCGAUUCCCUUCAUUCAGCCCGUGCUCGAUGCGUGCCUCUCGAUGGCGUCGCAGACUGGUGCCGCGAUCGAUGCCGCGUUCCUCACCAUCUCGGCGCUUGUCGACACGGUCCCCACGUUCAUCAGCGGCAAGCAGCUCGUGUCGCUCCUGCGCGCCACGGCCGAGCACCGCGCCGAGGACGAGGGUGCCUCUGCUGUCCUGAUCUCAGCCGUCGCCAAGCGUAUCCCGACCAAGACGCUUGUGCCCGUCGUCAUGGACCUGUGGAAGGAGCUGAAGGGUGCCGGCCAGGCGCCGAUCGAGGCAUUCUUCGCUCUGCUGAAGCACGCCCUGCGCCACGCCGACCGCGCCGCCCUGCCGGCACUGACGAAGCCGCUGUUCGCAUUCUUCCUCGACGUCUUCGACCUGCGCCACGGCAGCAAGCUGCCCGCGGCCGCCAUCGAUGCCGUCGAGACCUCGGCGAUCGCCUCCUUCAUCGAGCUCGUGACCAAGCUCUCCGAGGCGAGCUUCAAGCCCCUCUUCGUGCGCCUCUACGACUGGGCCGUGGUCGACCUGUCCGCGCCCGUCAACGACGCGCACGUCGUGGCUCGCCGCACUGUCCUCUUCCGCGUCAUGUCCGGCCUGCUCGACAAGUUCCGCCACCUUCUCACGGGAUACAUGGGCACGCUUCUGCCGCUCGUCGACGAGCUGCUCGCGGCGUACAGCAACGGCGAGAUUGCCGACGCCGGCCUCUGGGCGCUCAUGCUCGACACGCUGGCCAAGAGCUUCGACGUCGACGAGGGCGCCUUCUGGACCGAUGCGUCGCUCCUCAAGCUCCUGCCCGGUCUUGUCGCGCAGCUGUCCACCCUUCCCGAGCUGGCUAGCAGUGACGUCUCGCCCCCGGCGCGCGCUAUUGCUGCUCUUGCUGCUGCCACCAACGGAGAGACCACCCUCAAGAAGGUCAAUAUGGCUGUGUGCAUGACGACCCGUGCUGAGGAGCCGCGCACGCGCAUGGCCGCCCUCCGCGCCCUCGACGCCAUGUGGGAGCGUCAUGCGGACGAGAUGAUCCCCCUCGUCCCCGAGACUGUGGCCGAGUUCCUCGCCGAGCUCCUCGAGGACGAGAACUCGGAGGUCGAGGGACUCGCCCGCAAGGUCCUUGCGCGCAUCGAGGGCGUCACUGGCUCCCUCAAGGAGUAUCUCGAGUAG